AUGCCACCAAGAAGAGCAGCUUCUUCACAAAACAGUCAGGCUAAUGAUGAUAUACCUCCAGUUGAGGGUUUGCCUCCUGUGAGUGCAGAAGGAAUCUAUAGGUAUCUUGGGACACUAGCUAGUUUAGUUGAACGCCAAGCUCGAGCUGCUGGGACUAAUGUUCAGGGACAGUCUUCAUCUUCUAGGGGUAGCUCUUUUGAUGACUUCAAGAAAUUGGGUCCUCCUUACUUUUCUGGUGCUACAGAUCCCACAGAGGCAGAGGCUUGGAUCCUUAAGAUGGAGAAAUUCUUUGGUGUGAUAGGUUGCUCUGAGGAGCAAAAAGCCUCUUAUGCAGCUUUUAUGUUAGAUAAAGAGGCAGAUCAUUGGUGGCGUAUGACUAGGAGACUUUUGGAGGAUCAGGGACCCAUAACAUGGAGACAAUUUCGGGAGGCUUUCUACAAGAAGUAUUUCCCUGACAGUGUUAGGCGGCAGAAGGUGGGAGAGUUUAUUCGUUUGGAACAGGGGGAUAUGACUGUGGCUCAAUAUGAGGCCAAAUUUACAGAGUUAUCACGUUUUUCCCCACAGUUGAUUGCUACAGAGGAGGAAAAGCUUGGUGUCUAUUCAGAGGUUGUUGAUAGAGCCCUUAUAGCAGAGAAAGAUAAUGAGGAGCUUCAUCAGUAUAGGGAACAGCAAAGGAAGCGAAAUAGAAGUGAUGGUGCUCAUGGUAAUCAAGCACAGCGAAGGGCUACAUCAGGAAGAAAUCAGAAUAAAGGGAAGGCAGCGCAGAAUUUGGAUGAGAUUUGUUCUACUUGUGGCAAGAAGCAUGGGGGUAGGCCAUGUUAUAGAGAGACUGGAGCUUGCUUUGGUUGUGGGAAGCAAGGACAUUUGAUCAGAGAUUGUCCAGAGAAUAGGAAGUUCAUCACUGGGAAGCCUAAAGAGGAAAAUAAGGAGGAUAAACGAUAA